UUUCGAAGAAGUAAACAAACCAUCGCACCCAAGAAUAUUUAUAUCUGGCCAUAAUAUUACACAAAUACAAUUACCGAUGGAGUCUUCAAUAUGUCGAGUUUGCCUGGAAGACGGGGACGACUUGGUCAAUAUAUUUGAAGGAACCCAUCAAUUGGAGGUUUCCCUUGCGGACAUGAUUUCAGAGUGGGCUGGCUACAAAAUUGAAAGAGGAGAUACAUUUCCCGAAACCAUCUGCCCUACCUGCCUGCAGGAUGCACAAAAUGCGUAUGAGAUGAAGCCAACUUACAGAAGAGGCCACCAACUAAAGGAGGAUCCAUUGGAGCAUUUACUCAAGGAUGAAGUGUACAAGGAGCCGGACAUCGAAUGUCGGAUAACAAACAAUACCGAGGACUCUCAUCCAUGUGUUGCUAAAAUUAAGGAAGAAGAUAUAGAGGAACCACUUGGGAACCACUUCCAAAGCCAAGAAAGAGACGAACCCCCCAAAGAAGAGGUAUUUGAGGAGGAAUACAAUCCAAUAUCAGAGUGCAAGAUCAAGGUUGUGGAAGAUGAUAAACUGCGGGAAAUGGAGGACCAAUGCCAAAUAAGUCAGGAGCCACUUGUAGAAGAAUUUAAGGACGAACAUCCUAUAACGGAGUUCGAGACCAAGGUUUUGGAAGAUGAUAACCUGCGAGAAAUGGAGGAACCACUUGAAGAGGUAUUUGAGAAGGAAUACAAUCCUAUAUCAGAGUGUGAGACCAAUAGUGUGGAAGAUGAUAACCUGCAAGAUAUGGAGGAUCCACUUGGAGAUCGAUUUAAAGAGGUAUUUGAGGAGGAAUACAAUCCUUUAUCAGAGAACGAUAUCAAGGUUGUGGAAGAUGCUAUCCAGGAAAAUGAAAAUAAUAUCAUUGAAGUUGAUUGGGAGGCUUUUAAUAAUGAUGGUAAGAUUAAUAGCAUUCAUAAAUGCUCUUACUGUUCGAUGAUUUUUAUAUCGAAAUCAGCUCUUACGGUGCACUGCCAAAAACACAUAGGAGAAUUACCGUGGAAGUGUACCAUUUGCUCAAUGGCUUUUGAAAACAGCAUAUAUCUUCAGCGACACGUAAAAAGGCACGAAGAAACUUUGCCGUUUAAGUGUAACCACUGCUUGUUUACCUUUCGAAGUAGACUAGCGCUCAACAGCCAUCUUCGCAUACACAAGGAAAAACAGCAGUGUAUCCAUUGCUUAGAAAUCUUUCCAUUAAUUUCAGAGCUCAAGAGGCAUCUUGGUCAUAACUACGAGGAACAGAAGUUAAAGUGUACCUAUUGCACACAAGCUUAUGCUUGCAAUACACUUCUUCAGCAACACAUGAAAACGCACACCGAAAUUAUGCCGAUAGAGUGUCCACGCUGCCCAAAAAUCUUACAAGGUAGAUCAGCGCUUCAAAACCAUCUUCGAAUACACGUAGAUCGAACAUUUAAGUGCUCCCCCUGCGCACAGACUUUUCCAAACGUUGAAGCCCUCAAUCUACACCUACGAAACCACUCACUCGAAAGACCAUUUAAGUGCUUCCAGUGCUCAAGGACCUUCGCCACGAGUAGAGGUGUUCAGCUACACGAGCGAACGCACACAGGGCAACAUCGGUUAACAAUUAGGCAAAACACUGCCUAAUCGAUUGGUCCUUUAAUUUAAAGAUAUGAGCUCUGCAAGUUGCCUUAUUCUGAUAAUUUACCCUAGAGUGUUGCAGAUCACAGGCUUCUUUCUCAAAGCCACGAUUACCAGCAUUCCUAAACUGCUUAUUUUUAAUAACUUUCCGACUAUUUUCAAAACUUAACGCUCGUUUUAUACACUAAAUAAAAAUGUUGCCUCCUGCGAAGAGAAUUUUUCGUUAA